AAGUCGGUAUUUUUAAAAACACGCUUGUGCAAAAAGUACUUUUGUACAAAGUACUUCCGGUGGGGUCACCGUAUACCUUUUACGAGCGAUUUUUUUUCGUGUUUACCAGGGGUUGUUUUGAUAACACUUUAGCUCGUUAAUAGAACGUUUACAUGUCUUCCGUGAAUAAUUUUCUGUAACGGCCGCCUCACUAGACCGCUUUAUCUGAACUACUUCACGACGCGGUUCGACAAGCGAGGCAAGAAGAGGAAGCAAUAGCCAACCAUCUUUAUUCCUGUGCCAGCAAUAACAAGAAAGAGACAAGGCUAGGUUUUAAGUGGGGCCGAGUACUUUGUAAUUUAUUGUCUGUUUUAUAGUGGAUAACAGAAUUGGUGAAAACCUCCCCGUGUUGAGACAGACAAAAGCGCUCGGACAUUGUGCUCUUCCCCCGGCAAGCCUAGAAGUUUCGGAUCAAAAUACUGGCUAUUAAGAAUUAGUAUUCCCGUUUUUUUCAUGUUUCCAACAGGUUUAUCUUCCCCUAACCCCCCACCACCGCCAACCCAGGAGGCUAGACCCGCGUCUACUGAUGUCAAAAACGACAGCAGCAACAUCACAUCUCCGAAAAAGAGGAAAAUAAACGGCUCUGAGAGGGAAGACACUAGUGACACGAUCUCUUCUUCGCCUCCCAAGACCCUGAAUUCUUCCUCCUCCUCCUCUCCCUCCUGCUCUCCCACUCCGCUGCACAUUCAGAAGAAGUUGAGGUUUGAGGAUUCGGUGGAUUUUAUUGGACUGGAUGUGAAAAUGGCUGAGGAGGCUGCUGCCGCCGCCGCCGCUGCUUCGUGCUCCAAUAACAAAAGCAAAGCCAUGUUUCUCCCCGGUGGCGUGGGGCACCACGCAAACGGACUGACGAAAACCGCAGGAUCCGGCACUUUCUCCAGCAGUAAACCCGGUGCUGCCAAGAAACUAGUCAUCAAAAACUUAAGAGAAAAACCUAAGCUCCCUGAGAACUACACACAGGAAACCUGGCAGAAGCUGAAAGAGGCAGUGGAGGCCAUACAGAACAGCACUUCAAUCAAGUACAAUCUAGAGGAGCUUUACCAGGCCGUUGAAAACCUCUGUUCCCAUAAGAUAUCCGCCAAGCUUUACAAACAGCUGAGAUCUGUGUGUGAAGACCACAUCAAGGCACAAAUUGAUCAAUUCAGAGAGGAUGCGCUGGACAGUGUGCUUUUCCUGAAGAAAAUUGACAAUUGUUGGCAAGAUCAUUGCAGACAAAUGAUCAUGAUCAGGAGUAUAUUUUUGUUUCUGGAUCGCACCUACGUUCUACAAAACUCAAUGCUGCCGUCAAUCUGGGACAUGGGCCUGGAGCUGUUCAGGUUCUACAUCAUCAGUGAUUUGAAGGUCCAGAGUAAAACUAUCGAUGGGAUCCUGCUGCUCAUCGAGAGGGAGCGAAACGGAGAGGCCAUAGACCGCAGCCUUCUGAGGAGCCUGCUGAGCAUGCUCUCUGACCUGCAGAUUUAUCAAGACUCCUUUGAGCAGCGCUUUUUGGAGGAAACUAAUCGACUGUAUGCUGCAGAGGGACAGAGGCUGAUGCAGGAGAGAGAGGUGCCAGAAUAUCUCCAUCAUGUCAACAAACGUUUGGAGGAAGAGGCCGACAGAGUAAUCACAUAUCUGGACCAGAGCACACAAAAACCUCUCAUCGCUACUGUGGAGAAGCAGCUGCUGGGUGAACACCUCACCACAACUCUGCAGAAAGGGCUGACUCACCUGCUGGACGAGAACAGAAUUCAGGAUCUGUCCCUCCUCUAUCAGCUCUUCAGUCGAGUGAGGGGUGGUGUUCAGGUGCUGCUGCAGCACUGGAUCGAGUACAUAAAGGCUUUUGGAAGCACAAUCGUGAUCAACUCGGAAAAAGACAAAACAAUGGUGCAAGAGUUGCUGGACUUUAAAGACAAGGUGGAUCACAUCAUCGAUGUGUGCUUCCUGAAGAACGAGAAGUUUGUUAAUGCCAUGAAGGAGGCUUUUGAAACGUUCAUCAACAAACGGCCGAACAAACCUGCUGAGCUCAUAGCAAAACACGUGGAUUCAAAACUGAGGGCAGGAAACAAAGAGGCAACAGACGAAGAACUGGAGAAGAUGCUCGAUAAGAUCAUGAUAAUCUUUAGAUUCAUCUACGGGAAAGAUGUGUUUGAAGCCUUUUAUAAAAAGGAUCUGGCCAAAAGGUUGCUGGUUGGAAAAAGUGCCUCAGUGGAUGCUGAAAAAUCAAUGCUGUCAAAGCUCAAACAUGAAUGUGGAGCAGCAUUCACCAGCAAACUCGAGGGAAUGUUUAAGGAUAUGGAGCUUUCUAAAGACAUCAUGGUGCAGUUCAAACAGUGUCAAAACAUUCCUGGGAACAUUGAGCUGACGGUGAACAUCCUCACUAUGGGUUACUGGCCAACGUACAUCCCCAUGGAAGUGCACCUACCGCCAGAGAUGGUGCGGCUACAAGAGAUCUUUAAGACUUUCUACCUGGGCAAACACAGUGGCAGGAAGCUGCAGUGGCAGUCGACAUUAGGCCACUGUGUCUUAAAAGCUGAAUUCAAAGAGGGUAAGAAGGAGCUACAAGUGUCCCUCUUUCAAACACUUGUACUUCUGAUGUUCAAUGAAGGAGAAGAGUUCACUCUAGAGGAGAUCAAACUGGCCACAGGAAUAGAGGACAGCGAGCUGCGCCGGACGCUACAGUCACUUGCCUGUGGGAAAGCUCGUGUCCUUACCAAAAUCCCAAAAAGCAAAGAUGUGGAGGACGGGGACAAGUUUUCCUGCAAUAAUGACUUCAAACACAAGCUCUUCAGGAUCAAAAUAAACCAGAUUCAGAUGAAAGAAACGGUGGAGGAGCAGGCCAGCACUACGGAAAGAGUCUUUCAGGAUCGUCAGUAUCAGAUUGAUGCUGCCAUCGUGCGGAUCAUGAAGAUGAGGAAAACUCUGAGCCAUAAUCUCUUGAUGUCUGAGGUGUACAACCAGCUCAAGUUCCCUGUCAAGCCUGCUGACUUGAAGAAGAGGAUAGAGUCUCUCAUUGACCGGGACUAUAUGGAGCGUGACAAGGAGAACUCCAACCAGUACAACUACGUGGCCUAGUGAAAGGAAAAGAAAAAGCAGCUGGUCCAGAUAAAAUGAAAGCAGUUCCGAUUGAUCGGUCUCUAAAUCUUUUGCUCCAGUGGAUGUUAACCAUUAUCAUCUUCAACCCAGCGACCGACAUGCGAAUGGCUACCGCCCCACAGGGUUUUUGUCAGGGGUCUUGUGAUCCUGUGGACUGCAUGCCCAUUGAAAAGAGAAUAUUGUCCAUAUUUCUCAGUGCCUCUGUGAGAGCUGGGACAAAGAAGACACACAGUUCAGUUUGCUGGUUUGUUUUUCUUUUUAAUGGAGAGGAAAAAUAUUUAUUUUCAAACUUACAUUCUUUGUCCAUAGUUUGGAUCAAUAAGCUCUUUGUUAUCAAGUCACUUUUUUCUCCUUUUUGUUCAAGUAUCCUAAACAAAUGCCAACACACCUAACAAUUCUCCAAAUGUACCACAAGUUAAAGAGAGAAAAGCAAUUAAAAAUGAUACUUGUUUCUUCUGCCAUUGCCAACUGUGGACUGCUGGGGCAACACUCAAAGUAGGAACUUCUAAUUUAGGGAAUAUUUGUGGUAAAUGUGUGAUCUGCAGUUAAGUUUUACAGUUUUCAAGGCCAUGUAGCCAUAUGAUAAAGCUGUGAUCAUGAACACACACACACACACCCACACAUCUGCUCAAACCAGAGUUUGUGCCAAAAAAGGAGCACUUCUUUUGUUAUCGUAUAAUCAAGCUGCUAAAGCCAGUUCAGUUUCACAAGUAUAUGCAAACCAGAUUCUAGGUUUUUUUUCUUUGUGUACAUUUUUUUAUACAUGCGUCACUAGUGAUAUUUUUAAUAACGAAUGUCCUGAAAUCUGCCAGUGCGCUGCUCCUUAACCUACGGCUGACUGUCUUUGUUAAGCUGUAGGUUGACAGAGCAAUAACUGCUCAGCAUUGUACUUUUGCCAUGUUUUCUUUUAUUUCCUUUAGUGAAAAUCUCCAUGUUGGGCUUGCAGACCUUGUUAAAAAUGGAGGUGAUAUGCCUCAGUACAUGAGGAAAAUCUGAAUGAUUAGACUUACCCUUGUUUGUUUGAGUCUGUUAGGUUUAUUGCUUCAGAUUGAAAUAAAUGUUUAAAUCGGGUUUUUAUUUUUAAUCACUGUUUCCAGCACAUUCCGUUGCAUUUGUGUGUCUGGGUCAAACAUAGUUCUAGUAAG